GGAACACUCCGCUGACGCACACAGUAGCUAGGAACAGAAUGCCUGUGCGGAAUGGUCGCCACUUGUAUUUGAAAUAUAUGAUAUGCUGGUAACUUGUAUGUAUACUGUUGGGUAAGAUUGAAGUUAGAUGUACAGGGUUUAUCAGCUUAUUUGGAGGAACAGUUGUUGCAUAACUUUGGGUUCAAGACGGGAAAGAGAAACCACAAGUGCACGAACAACUAUGUUGUGAAACUGUUGUGAAACCGUGAGACUACUAUUAUUAACAAAUAGCAAUUCUCGGGAGCUUUGCUGAUCAUCAGCCAGUUCUCGAGCGUAUGUUUAACCUAGCCUCUGCAAGAUACUCAGCCUUGGUUUUCCCCUUUAGCUGGUCCUGGAGAAAUUGAGACAGCCUCUUCCUUUUCUUGGGUCUAGACAAGGGUUUCCCAAACUUGGAUCCCCAGCUGUUGUUGGACUACAACUCCCAUCAUCCCUAGCUAGCAAGGCCAGUGGUCAGGAAUGAUAGGAAUUGUUGUCCAAAAACAGCUGGAGACCCAAGUUUGGGAAACCAUAGUCUAGACUACGAGUAGGGAACCUUACAGUUUCAAAGCCACAUUUCCUAAUGGCUAACCUUCAAGGGACCCAGGUGGCACUGUGGUUAAACCACUGAGCCUAGGGCUUGCUGAUCAGAAGGUCGGUGGUUCGAAUCCCUGUGACGGGGUGAGCUCCCGUUGCUUGGUCCUAGCUCCUGCCAACCUAGCAGUUCGAAAGCACGUCAAAAUGCAAGUAGAUAAAUAGGAACCGCUACAGCGGGAAGGUAAACGGCGUUUCCAUGUGCUGCUCUGGUUUGCCAGAAGCGGCUUUGUCAUGCUGGCCACAUGACCUGGAAGCUAUACGCCAGCUCCCUCGGCCAAUAAUGCGAGAUGAGCGCGCAACCCCAGAGUCGGUCACGACUGGACCUAAUGGUCAGGGGUCCCUUUACUUUUACCUUUUAACCUUCAAGCUAGGGGCACAGGCCAACAGUGAAUAGGGUCAAAACAAAAGUGGUAGAACCUAUGUAAGCAGGGCAGAGUUGACAGAAUACAUUUGUUGUCAUAUAUACAUGCAGCACAUAGAAUCAUAGACUCACAGAGUUGAAAAGGACCCAAGGGUCAUCCUGUCCAACCCCCUGCAAUGCAUAUCCAUGCACAUGCAUGCAAUAUGUUACUUCUCCUCUCCCAGCAAUUAGAUUUCACUUUUUAAAAACAUUAUUCAAAUCCUGUUGUCAGUGGGGGAUUUUUUUUUAAAUGAAGAUUGCAGCUGGAAAGGGUUCUGUUGUGUCCAAUAGAAGGCUUUUUUCAAGCCAAAUUGCUUGGGAGGGAGGGAAUGGUAUGGGCUAUAUGGGGAGCCCUCAUGGGCUGCAUCUACCCCAGGGGCCACUGGCUCUUAGCUCCUGCUCUAAAGACUGUAGCCACAAUUACAUGCCUACCUCAGAAUAUCCAGGGAGCUCCAUCAGUAUUGGGUCUCCAUCAUGCCAUCAGGACUACGAAACAACACAGGAUUCGUGUAGAUCAGCAGUGGUCAGUCUGUGGUCCUUGGGCCCACAUACAUCACUGUGCCAAAAUCAUGUCAUUGGAGGAAGCCCAACAGGAGGAGAAAAAUAGGAAUGGAAGCUGAAAUAGAGUGAUAGAAUGAAGAGGGGGAAAGCUUUCUGCAAGUGUUCAGUUCAGACCGCUGGCAAGAACUCCCCUUCCUCCAUCUGUAUCAGGUGGAGAGGAAGAAGGUGGAGAGAAGAGAUGACAUCAUCUGCCACUGACUUAACAUAAGUAGAAUUUCCAUAAAUUUAGAAGUCACGAAAAUACAUUUUGGGGGGGAGGAUGGAAACUUAGGGGAAAUUUUUUAAUAUAUGCCAUAGUGAGGACUUCUUUUACAAGCCAAUACUUAUUUUACUGCUUUAAAACAUACAAUUUAUAACAUAAAAUCAUACUUUCUGGCAUAUGUAUGAAUUUUACAUUGCACUCUUAUGCAUAGGGUCAUAGAAUUGUAGAGUUGGAAGGAAUCCUGAGGGUUAGUCCGCCCCAUCCAAUUUGAAACUAUACCAGAACCUGCUUAGUUAUGCAAGUGUGCUAGCAGUUUUAUUUCUGUACCACCUAAAUCACGCAGCCAAAUAAUUUACUCAAAAAUAAGACGUAAUUGCACAAAAGAUUGCAACCUCAAUAGUGUAAAUGCCUGAGUUGCCAACAUUGAACCCAAUGGGAUUUCCUUCUGAUUAGACAUACAGUACAUAGGAUUGUGUUAUUUUGUAGCAGGCUGUCCAAUCCAUGUCGCAGACCUUGGUAGAGAGGUGGAAAGAUUGACCACAAGGGAGGCGCCAACCAAAGGGACAGGAGAUGUUAAAGGAUACCAGAACAAAGCAAGCAGCAAUUCAUAAACAACAAAGGUCCUGCAUGCUCCUCUUGUGAACAUAGUAUCACCCCAUAAGUCAUAGGCAGCCAAUAUAGUGCCCUUCAGAUACUGUUAGAUUGCAAUUUUCAUCAGCUCCAUACAUCAGAACCAAUGAUUGCAGGUGAUAAAAGUUGCAAUCCAACCAUGUCUUGAGGGCACCAUAUGUACUAGGUUCAGAAAUGCAUCUUGCAUUUGAAUAUUUGAGACUCAAAGCAUAUGUCUAUAACACAAAGAAGCAAUUGUUCUCUAAUGCUGUGUACUGUCUUACAUAAAAAUAGAAAGUGAGUAAAAAGUGUCUUAAAGCAUUUCACACAUUCCAAAAGAUAAAUUAUUUAAUAACUUUUUUUUAGUGUCCCUCCAAAUUUUUGAGUGUGUCUGUCAGGCUUUCACAUCUUAUUUUUGGGCCCCUCAAAAGUUUCCUCAUCUCCGUUUAAAAAAUAGUCUUAAGUCAUUAGCCCUAGCACUGUGAAUCUUAUUUUCAUCAGGGAUGGAAGUGCUUGUCAUGAUGCUAUCACUGAAGCAGAUCUCCUUUUUCAGGAUAGAGAAAGCCUUGCUGGCACUACCAGCAAGGUGCUGAAACCACCUCAUGCCAUACUAUCCACCACAGCCAAGAAAGCAGCUCUUACCACCGUUAUAGCCUUGAGACAUCCCUUGUUUGAAACCACAGAGAGCUGCUGCCAGUCAGUGUGGACAGUAUUGAGCUAGUUAGGGUGGCCGCUGUGAGGGAUUCCCCGUUUCCCACCCCUCACUGCUUUAACAACAGAGGCUCUCCCUGUGCUUCUAUACAAACGGGAGUAAACCUCCAGUGUCCAAAUUGAACUUUUCUCCAGGGUACCUCAGGGCUCUGCGUUCGAAACCUAUUGCCACCAGUGGGGUCUCCCUCCCAUGGAUCCUUACUGCUACAAUUUGACUCUCCCUUAGGCAACUAUGUGGCUCCCUUGGCUUUCCUAACCAGCCCUUUGUAUGACAGGAGAAAAGCAAACAGUUUCCUCUUCCACAGGAAAGCUUUGUUCUCGCCUCUUAGUCACACCUCUGAAGGUACUGAGACACUGCCCGAGUCCACGAACGUUUAGGCACAUUUAAUUUUAUUAUUUAACUUGAAAACAUGGAUUUCUCUGGUUCUUAAAAGUGCAUAUCUUCUUCUCAUAUAAUACAGACUUGUUAAUACAUAUCCUGCAUCUUGAUAAUAACGGUUAUAACCUUUCUUCCCAUCCACCCAAACCUAACCUCCUGCUCCCUCUCUAACCCUCCACUCCCCAACCGCCAACCCCCAACUGCCUUUCAAUUUAAAAUGAGAGUCAUCUUAGAGAUCCAUAGUUAAAAGUGGAAGUCAGCAAAUGUCUCCUCUUUUUUGCUCUUCAAAAAAUGGCACCCUAGUUAGGUUGACCAGUGGUCUGAUUCAGUAAAAGGCAUCAUCCUUUGUUGUUUAGCUGACCAGAUGAAGAGCCAUAGUAGUUGUUAUUUAUUAAAUUUUUAUACCACCCUUCAUCUGAGGAUCACAGAGCUGUUUACAAUAUAAAAACACAAAGUUACACACAUAACCUGUUUUGUUCAUUUGUAGCAGAUUUGUUGAAGGAUACAGUCUACAUUCUGGAUCUAUACAGUGGUACCUCGGGUUGCGGACCUGAUCCGUUCCGGGGUGCCGUUCGCGCCCUGAAAAGUCCGCAACCUGAGCGGCGUUUUUGCAUGCGCUCAUGGCGAAACCCGGAAAUAAACACUUCUAGGUCUGCUGCGUUCGUAUCAUGAAAAAACGCAACCCGCAGCAGACACAACAUGAGAUAUGACUGUAUUCCUAAAGAGUUUUAAAAUUAGUCUCACUGAAGUCAGGGUCUGCCUUCAAGCAUGCGAGGUAGACUUCUACUCCUAUUGUUACUACUUAAAUUAUCCAUAUAAAUUUAUCUUUUGUUGGGGCCCAGGAUAAACACUUUUGAAAUGCCAUUUGCAUUGAUAAUAAUAAUAGUAAUAAUAAUAAUAAUAAUAAUAAUUUCUUAUUUAUACCCCGCCCAUCUGGCCGGGUUCCCCCAGCCACUCUGGGCGGCUUCCAACAAAACAGAAAUUCUAAAAUACAGAAAUCCAUCAAACAUUAAAAUACAGAAAUCCAUCAAACAUUAAAAUACAGAAAUCCAUCAAACAUUAAAAGCUUCCGUAAACAGGGCUGCCUUGAGAUGCCUUCUAAAGGUCUGGUAAUUGUUGUUCUCUUUGACCUCUAGUGGGAGGGCAUUCCACAGGGUGGGUGCCGCUACCGAGAAGGCCCUCUGCCUGGUUCCCUGUAACUUGGCUUCUCGUAGUGAGGGAACCGCCAGAAGGCCCUCGGAGCUGGACCUCAGUGUCCGGGCAGAACGAUGGGGGUGGAGACGCUCCUUCAGAUAUACCGGACCGAGGCCGUUUAGGGCUUUAAAGGUCAACACCAACACUUUGAAUUGUGCUCGGAAACGUACUGGGAGCCAAUGUAGGUCUUUCAGGACCGGUGUUAUGUAGUCUCGGCGGCCGCUCCCAGUCACCAGUCUAGCUGCCGCAUUCUGGAUUAGUUGUAGUUUCCGGGUCACCUUCAAAGGUAGCCCCACGUAGAGCGCAUUGCAGUAGUCCAAGCGAGAGAUAACUAGAGCAUGCACCACUCUGGAGAGACAGUCAGUGGGCAGGUAGGGACUCAGCCUGCGUACCAGAUGGACCUGAUAAACAGCUGCCUUGGACACAGAGUUGACCUGUGCCUCCAUGGACAGCUGUGAGUUCUCCUAAAAUAGUAAGCAUAAUGUAACUAUAAAAAACUGAAACAUCUCCCGUAAGUGCACUAAGUGAGUGUUGUGGUUACUGUGUUAAAACAGAGAGGCCUGGGAGAGUUACGAUAGUGAUCGUUAACUAAAUUGCAAUUCCCGAGAGCAUUUAUUUUGCAAUACCAUGAGGAGAUAAAUUUUUCAGGAGACUGGCAUAAGUUCCAAAGCUUAAAAUCACAAGGCAAAACUUAAGUGAAAAGUCUUGUACAAGGCCUUAGAGACAUGGUAUGAAGUUUGUGGUUUGUUCCAAAAUUAGCAAUUCCACUGCCCUGCCACACCCUUUCAUUACUCUCCACUUGUAUCUGUUUUUUCUUCAAACAUCCUGUUACUUAAAAAAAAAACAAUCAAAUGUAAUUAGAGGAAAUAUAAAGACUUUUAACAUCUUGUAUUACAAAAUUUUGAAGCUUUUAAGAAACUCCAAACAUGUCAUCUAAAGAAAUGUGAAUUUGCUUUACUAACAAACACUUGUUAAAUAACAAUUGCAAAAUUGCAGUAAUCUCAAGUUUCUGGUGUCUUUGCCCUGGAACAAAGGGCAAUCUGGUAGUAUUCUACAGCACAUACAUUUAAAUCAGUGAAUAUUUAGAAAAAUAUAAAGUUAGAAAAUUUAUUACAUAGAUGACAAGUAUCCCUUUAGAUUGAUACGCCAGGUUGUUAUAUAAGUCCUUGAAUAGUGGUUUUGUUUUCUUUAAAUGGUGGUUGGUGGCGUAUGUUUACAUUAAUCCUUCCCAUUUCUGUUAAGUUGUAUGCUCAGUUGAAAAUGUAGAGGCAAAGAUAGUUGCCAUUUCCAGACAUAGAAAUGGUACUACUACUCAUUGUUGUCCGUGCUAUUGUGUGCAGCCAGGAUGUCCUGGGGAAAGACUCUGUUCAAAGCUGAUGUUAAGUAAUAUCAGUGUGCCAGUAAUGGCCGAAAGGAAGGCUAUAGGAAUCUUUGGAGGGAAGUGUUUCAGGAAGAAGCUGUAAACUUCAAGGAAGUUAAUGAAGAAAACAAGCGAGAAGUCCUAAGUGAGAUAUUCUCUUCUAUUGACACACUGGCAUUCACAUUUGGCAACAUAGUUUCAGACUUCCUUAUGGGAGAUGUGGAUAAUAGCUCAACAUUGGGUCUUCCCGUAUCUCGACAAAGUCAGUCUUUUGAAAAUCUUUCUGUGGAUUCCGGGGGCUCACUGCACGAAAAGGAUGACGUACAAGGUUCAGGGCACCUUAGAGCUGAAGAGAUUGAUAGUGUUCUCCUAAGGAACGAUAAUGGAAUUGAAUCAGCUCUGUCCUAUGCUAAGGCAUGGUCAAAAUACACGAAGGAUAUAGUUGCAUGGGUAGAGAAAAAGCUUAACUUGGAAAUGGAAUGUGCUAAAAGCCUGGCAAAAAUGGCAGAAACAACUAAAGCUAUUCUUGGCUCUCAGGAUUACAUGCCAUUCCAAUCAAUAUUCAUAAAUGCGUUCCAAAAUGAUGUAGAGAACAGUCAGCUCUGGCAACAAACGGCAUCAGCUCUCCAAACUAAUAAAUUUGUUCAGCCACUCCUUGGAAGGAAAAGCGAACUGGAUAAACAAAGGAAGGAGAUCAAGGAGCUUUGGCAACGAGAACAAAAGAAAAUGCAAGAACUGGAAUCCACCGUUAAAAAAGCAAAGCUAUUGUAUCUUCAGCGGCAAGAUGAAUAUGAAAAGGCAAAAUCAUCAACUGUUCGUGCUGAAGAGGAGCAUCUGACCUCCAGUGGGGGUAUUAUUAAAGAUGUCAGUAAAAUUGAGAAGAAACGAAAACUUGAAGAGGAGGCUCUCCUAAAGGCUGAAGAAGCCAAUGAACAUUUCAAAGCCAGCAUGGCUGAAGUUGAAGAAAAACGAAAUGAUCUAGAAAAUUUCAAAAGUGAUAUCUUAACCCAGCUACGGGAACUUGUUUAUCAGUGUGACCUCACACUUAAAGCUGCAACAGUUAACCUGUUCCAGAUGCAGCAUGCCCAAGUUGUGUCUCUACCAGUUAACUGUCAGUCCCUCUGUGAGAGUGCCAAGCUUUAUGACCCAGGACAGAAGUUCUCAGAGUUUGUGAAGAAUUUGCCAAAAGAUGAUGUUCCCAUUGAAUCGGGUUCCUUUGAAACUCAGAGCUCCCAGGUUGGAGGGGUUUUCAGUAAACGAUCAAACAAUGUCCAUACAUCACAAGGAAAUUUAUCCCAGUGCUCAGGAGAUUUUCCCGCUCAGUUACUAGAAGACAUCACAAGUCCAAGCUGUCAUCGAUCUCAAAAGAUUGGAGAAAAAAGAUCAUCAAGCACCACAGAUGUCUCUGCUGUGCGUGGCCCCCCACCAUUCAGAUCCUGGUCAGUUGGUAACCAGAGUGGAGGAAUGUGCAGUGAUUCUGAAAGUGCAGGAGGAAGCAGUGAAUCACGGUCUGUAGACUCUCCAUCUGCAAGCCCAGGGGACUUUAAAAGAAGGCUUCCCCGGACACCAUCUACUGGUACCAUGUCAUCUGCGGAUGAUCUCGAUGAAAGAGAACCACCUUCACCUUCAGACUCUGGUUUGAAUGAUCUAGCAUCUGAAAUGACCAGUUCACCUGGACCUUUUCGAAACACUAUUCUAUCUAAGGCAGCACAAACCCACAAACUGCGGAAGCUGAGGGCUCCAUCUAAAUGCAGAGAAUGUGAUAGUCUGGUGGUAUUUCAUGGAGCAGAGUGUGAAGAGUGUUCACUUGCCUGUCACAAGAAGUGCUUGGAGACUUUAGCUAUUCAGUGUGGACACAAGAAACUCCAUGGAAGACUUCAUCUAUUUGGAGUUGAGUUUACACAAGCUGCUAAAAAUUCCCCAGAUGGCAUCCCCUUCAUCAUAAAAAAGUGCACCUCUGAAAUUGAAAGCAGAGCCCUAAAUGUAAAGGGUAUAUAUCGUGUGAAUGGAGCCAAAUCAAGAGUUGAAAAGCUUUGUCAAGCUUUUGAAAAUGGAAAGGACUUGGUGGAAUUAUCUGAACUUUAUGCACAUGACAUAAGUAAUGUUCUUAAAUUAUAUCUUCGCCAGCUCCCUGAACCUUUGAUUUUGUUUCGGCUUUAUAAUGAAUUCAUUGGCCUUGCAAAGGAGAGCCAAAGUAUUAAUGAAGAACUGGAUAUGAAACGGAUGAGCCCCAGGUCCAAAAAAAGGCAGUCAGUAUGUAUUGAACUGAAUAGGAUCAUUCUUAAAAUCAAAGAUCUACUGAAACAGCUGCCCGCACCAAACUACAACACACUCCAGUUUCUUUUAGGUCAUCUGUACAGGGUUACUGAGCAAUCCGAUGAAAAUAAAAUGUCUGCAAGCAACCUUGGUAUUAUAUUUGGCCCAACUCUGAUCAGGCCACGUCAGACAGAUGCUACCCUUUCUCUCUCUUCACUUGUGGACUAUCCAUAUCAGGCCCGGGUAGUUGAGCUCCUCAUUACCUAUUAUGAGAAGAUCUUUGAUAUUUCGCCGCAGCCUUUAUCACCUGCACCUCGGUUAGAAGACAGUGCUGCUUGCGCUAAAAGUAUUUUAACAGCUGAAGAUAGAGAUCCAUAUCAGCAACAAAAAACGUUGCCCUGUGUUGCUGUGAAAGAAAGCAUCCAGUUGGUCCAAAAUGAGAGGAAGGAUUCAGAGGCUAGUAUAUCACUUGAAGAACCAGAUGGCAGCAAAGACACCCACCAGAACUCUGAUGCAUUAGUGACAGAAUGGAACUCUAAACUUGGACCUAAACAGAGUCUUGGCAGAAGAAAUUCUCCUUCAGAACCCUCUCCUGUCUUGGUUUUAGAAAACCACAUUGCACCAGCAAAAGAGCCAGGCAAUGCUGUGGCUGCAGUUUCAGAUCCAGAUAAUGAGCAAUCUCGCCCUCAAGUUGAAGAUGGUGUUAAGGCCAGUCACCUUUUUAGACCGAAUCGUCAAAUAACCAAAGUUCAGUUACGCACUCAUAGGACAAAGCCAGUUGUUCGUCCUGUGAGUUUACCUCUAGGUCAAAUGCUUCCUCCCUGUGUUUUGAAUGAGAGAAACUCACGAAAUGCAGGUCUAAGUACAGAAAAUAUUGGCAGAAGUCCUGUAAUUGAAGAAGUUUCUGAGACACAGCCACUUCCAGCUGUAAAUGCCGGCUGUAGGCUUUCUUGCUUUGACCCACAGACUCUGAAGAAAACUUGGGACAAGCAAUAUAAGCAGUAUGAUAUGACUGCAAGGACAGCAAUGAUUAUGACUAACAUACCGCAGGAGAACCGAACACAUGACUCUGUAAACUCAAGUGCCUUAACUACACAUAGCAACCUUGCUAGCAACUCAGUAAAUGCCAUACUUCCCAAUAAGCCAUAUACGGUACCUGUCAGGGCUGCAAGGGCAACAGCAGAAGGACAUUCCUCAGACUCUAAUACUCUUGCUGCUUUCAGAACACCAAGAACUUUGCAGCCACCACCAGGGACAUUCUAUAAGCCACCACCCAUCAGUAAGGCCAAACAGAGUGAUGAGAGCUUGGCACCCAAACCAUGUGCAGCAGUCGUCAGAGAUGAGACUCCACAGCUAGUAGUGAAUCCCGGGCUUGUCCAAGGCUCCUUGGCUUCCUCUGGCCAACAUGCAAAGCAACAAAAACCCACUUCUGAAGCUCUUUCCCCUACAGACUUGAAGCCCACCUACCAGAGAUUAAGGCCAAAGAGGAUGCAAGAGCUAGAACACAGAGAAGCUCACUUUGUAUAGGGUAACAACUGCUAUACAACCUUUCAAUGGGGAACUUUUUUUUUGUAGAGGAUUUCACCUUUGUGCCAUAUAUUGGAAUUAUUUUUAUAUAUACCUGUAUAGACUUUUAAAAAUGUGGGAUUUGUUUAAAAAAGAAAGGAAAAAAGCUGUGAAGAACCAUGAAGUUAUUUUUUUCAUUCGUUAGAUUUUUCUUGGAGAGUAUUUCAAUGCAUUCCAAAUAUAGAAAAAGUUAAUAAGGAGGCACAUUCAAAAGCCCUAUAAUCAAAUUUCAUGUGUGGAAUUGUACUCUUGCUUGUGAAAGCCAAUUUCGUAUGCAUGGGUGCAGCAAUGAAAGUAGCCACUUUCUCAGAGUAAAUGAUUUGUCAAGACUUCAGGGUAUAUGAAAUACAGCUACUUUAAUUUAAGAAUAAACCAAAGCUUGAAGCAGUGCUCUUAAGUGUCUGUAAUCAGUUCCCUCCCCCUAACUCUGUGCAAUGAAAUGCGCCAGAAUAGACUGUGUACUGGCCAGCAUGGCCUUUGUAUAUUGUGUGUGAAUAUACAUAUAUAGUUUUAUAUACCAAUUGAUUUUUUUUUUACUAUCUAUGUUGUCGCUUAAAAGUUGUUUGUACAGGAAAGAUGCAUUAUUAAGCUUUACUAUAAAAAUAUUUAAAAAGUGUUCUCAUCCAGUUACCAAGUGGUUUAAAUGCACAAAACCUAGCUGGCUUAUUGCCUUUCAGUAGAAAAUAAUGUGGAAGUUCCUUGUUACAAAUAAGCUAUCAUUCCCCCCUUACUGUAGAAAGCUCCUUUUAUUGUUUGGAAUAGAUGAAGAAUACAGGCCUGAGAUUUAGUGAAAUAGAUAAAAAUAACCAAAAAGCCAGCAUUUAGUAAGUGCAUUGAAUGGUUUUUUUCACUCUGUAUUAAAUUGUUUUUAUAUGUACACUGUUGCUUUAAAAAAUAUACAUUAACAUGUUAACGUUUCACUGACUUCAUGUAUUCUAUUAUGCCCUUCAUCUUACUGUAUAUAGAGCCAUUUACAUGUUAAUAUAAUAUACCAUGUAUCGAUAUAUACACUCAAGUUUCUUUAAAAUUAUUCUGUACAGAUGGGUUUGUAUUUCUGUUGCACAUUAAAAUGCUGGUAAUGUUAUGAGUAAAUCUUAAAA